AGCAGGAAGUGGUCUGUGUACCAGUCUAGCCUGGAGAGUUACACAGAACCCCACCCAUCCUCACCAUAACGACACUCAUGUAAAGCAGGCGGGUACCAGCCCAGACUGACUCCCAGACCUAGCUCAGGUCAAGCAGAUCAACAAAAGUAGAGUGACCCUCACCUGUGAACUCCUUCCCUGCCAUCCACAAUCUUUGGCCCAGCUGGUACCAAGGAGCCUGGAUACCUGACCAGAGUGGACUAUCUUGGCUUUAAAAAAGUCUAGAAAAAUCUCAGCUGAUGAGAUACCUACACUUCAUCCUACUGGGCUAUCCGCACAGUUCAUGGUCAACCUAGGAUCAAGUUGCCUCCUCCCCAGCUUACUCUGGUUACCUUGGCUCAUACAACCUGACCAAGAUGAGUGACUAGGGUUCCUCUUUGAGCAGCUUCCUCCCUCAGGUCAAGCAGAUCACUGACCAGCACUUCCUGCCUGCUGAGACCUGGAGAUCCAAUUCUGCUGCUGGCAUAUGAACCCUCGCAGUUCUAGCUUCUGUCAUAUAGCCUGCCCCCAAACCAGCAUCUUGAGUGACCAAGGCCCAGCUGGGUGAGGGAACAACUCCGCAGUCCUAACUGUCGCCAUGAUAGGAGAAAUCUGUGCCGCUGUGGAAUUCAUCUCCAGCUUCCUCAGCAUCAAGGGAGUCAGGAGCGAACAACAGCUGCGUACCUUCAGCCAGAGUCUGCAGGAGCUGCUGGCAGAACAUUACAAACACCACUGGUUCCCAGAGGAGCCCUGCAAGGGUUCUGGCUACAGGUGCAUUCGCAUCAACCAUAAGAUGGAUCCUCUCAUUGGACAGGCAGCCCAGCGGAUUGGUCUGAGCAACCAAGAGUUGUUCAGGUUUCUCCCAUGUGAACUUACACUCUGGGUUGACCCCUAUGAAGUGUCCUACCGCAUUGGAGAGGAUGGCUCCAUCUGUGUGCUGUAUGAGUCUUUGCCAGAAAGAGAUGGUUUUCAAAGCAUCACCGAACAGCAAAUGCUAUACAGCAGAAUGGGCUACAGGGAGGAAAUUCUCUGGCGAAGACCAAUCCCAUUUCAAACCUACAAUAUAAUGACUGUAUGGGGUCAAGGUAUAGUCAAUACAGUCGACGGACGGGUAAUCUUCUAAUGGAUGGAUAAAUAUGAUUUUUGUUUUGGGUGUGAUUCUCUUGGGGUGGAUUUUAGAAUUUAAGCUCUGAAGACCCAGCACAAAAUAAGAUUGUAGAGAGGUAAUAUUUUUAAGCGACUUUGCUAUAGUUUGGACAGCACCAUUUGAUGAGUUUCUAGCCUGUGAGUCAAGGAUAAAAUCACUUUAUUUGCAAGAUAGUGAAGUCAAAUGUUGGUCCCAGUUUUACCCAGACUUUAUAACUAUAUUGUCACAUCUGUUCCUUUAAGAAAAAAAAAGUAUGUUUAAUUUAA